GAGCUCCAGCAGCUUAGCAAGCAAUACAGCAACAUCAAACUCCUCCAACUGGAUGUGGUCUGUGAAAACAGCAUCAAGAAAGUAGUCAAGGAAGUGGAAGAAAUCGUGGGAGACAAAGGUCUGAACUGCCUCAUUAACAAUGCUGGCAUCAAUGUGCUUGCUUCCUUGGAAGAAGUCACAGCAGAGACAAUGCUCACCAUUUAUGAAACCAAUACGGUUGCUCAGCUGAUGGUCACCAAGGCGUUUCUACCCCUUCUGAGGAAGGCAGCCCAGCUGAGCACAGGAAUGGGCUGCCACAGAGCUGCUAUUAUCAAUAUGUCCUCUCUUGCUGCCUCCAUGCAACUCGUCCAGGCAAAUGAGAUGUUCCUCAAGGUCUACCCCUACAGGAUAGCAAAGACUGCACUGAACAUGAUCACCAGGUGUCUUGCUGCAGAUUUGAAAUCGGAUGGAAUUCUCUGUAUUUCUUUACAUCCAGGCUGGCUUCAGACAGACAUGGGUGGAAACAUGGCUCCCAUGCAGGUGCAAGAGGCUAUCCCAGGUAUUCUCUCCGUUCUGGACCAUCUUGGUGAAAAAGAAAAUGGUUCCUUCCUGGACUGGCAAGGGGAAACUCUACCGUGGUAGAAGUGCACAGUAUACUACAGAAACAGCACGUCACUCACUAUUUAACUUGUGCCACUAAUGUCCGUGUCUCUAGGGUUCUCUUAUAUGCU